ACAACCACAACUACAAGGACAAGCUAUAGCUGUAGUAUAAGGAUGAUGAAGAAGAAGACCAUGAAGAAGCUUGGCCUCGCUUCUCUUCUCUUCAGCAGCAGCAGCAGCGGCACUAGUGCAGGUGGAGCGCCGUGUUCGUCUUCCUCCUGCUCCAUGUCCUCCACGUCGUCGGCGUGGCAAUGGCCGUCCUGCAAGCAGCCGAGGACGCUGUCCUUCAGGCAGCAGCAGAUGCAGACGAUGAUGAAGACCAUGAACUCCGCCUACUCCUCCGGCUGCUUCUCCAACUCCUCAGCUUCUCGAGACAGCCUCAGCUCGGCCACCUGUUCCGAUGCCUCCGCCUCCGCCGACGCAGUCGGCCGUGCCCUGCGCUCCGACCGCCUCUUCUUCGACCCUGACGCCUCGGUGCUCAAACUCAACAAGAAGACGAAGAAGGCGUUCGGCGGGGCGACGGCGAUGUCCAUGGAGUCGUCGAACCCAUACAGCGACUUCCGGGCGUCGAUGGAGGCGAUGGUGAGGAGCCACCACAGCCACGGCGGCGGGAAGCAGGUCGAUGACUGGCGGUGGCUGGAGGAGAUGCUGGGGUGGUACCUCCGGGCCAACGUCAAGAGCACACAUGGCCUCAUCGUCGCCGCCUUCAUCGACCUGCUCGUAUCUGUAUCUGCGUCGUCUUCGUCUUCGUCCACGGCAUAGCUAGGCCGAUUAUUCCUCCUCCCUCGACCUCGAGCAAGUACGAGUAGUUAAUUAAUUACUCCACUCCAUUAUUAUUUAACAAACAAUUUUGAUUAACAUCAAUUAAUUGGUUGCGCAAAACGAAAUGCAAUACAA